UCCGUAGCCAGGAACAUGCCACGUUCUCUUCAUGCAAGCAACUCUCCCCUCUUUAUAAUCUCACUUGCACACGUUCUGAUCAAUGACACAAGUAACUUCUCUGCAUCCAAAAUGCCAGGUCUUACCAUCGGAGACACUAUUCCUGAUCUUCAAGUUGAAACUAACCAAGGCAAAAUCAAGCUUCAUCAGUUCUGUGCUGAUGGCUGGACCAUCCUUUUCUCUCACCCAGGUGAUUUCACCCCGGUUUGUACCACUGAGCUUGGUAAGAUGGCUCAGUAUGCUAAGGAGUUUUAUCAACGAGGAGUGAAGCUCUUAGGUUUAUCUUGUGAUGAUGUGCAAUCCCACAAUGAGUGGAUCAAAGACAUUGAAGCCUACACUCCAGGUGCGAAAGUGAAUUAUCCAAUAAUUGCUGAUCCGAAGAGAGAAAUCAUCAAGCAACUCAACAUGGUUGACCCUGAUGAGAAAGACUCCACUGGCAACCUACCCUCAAGGGCUCUUCAUAUUGUUGGCCCAGAUUUGAAGAUCAAGCUGAGUUUUCUGUACCCUGCCACUACUGGGAGGAACAUGGAUGAAGUGCUGAGGGUGAUAGAGUCAUUGCAGAAGGCCUCAAAGUUCAAGGUUGCUACCCCAGCAAACUGGAAGCCAGGGGACCCUGUUGUCAUUACCCCUGAUGUCACCAAUGAGCAAGCCAAGGAAAUGUUCCCUCAAGGGUUCGAGAGUGUGGAACUCCCAUCAAAGAAGAAAUAUUUGCGCUUAACUAAAGUUUGAUGAUGUUCUGCUUCAAGUAGUAGAACCUUCUUCAGCUGUGCCAAAUCUCAAUGCAAUCUAGUCAUCUAUCUACCCUAAUCAAACUAUAUAUAUGUUUUGUUUAAGUACACUAUUUUGUGGCACUGCUUUUGUUAUUAUAAGAAAGAAUGCACAGUUUAAUUGAUCUUUUGUUGACUGUA